AUUAGUUGGUGCCUUGGAGAGAAAAUGUCAACAGAGCAAGAACACCCCAAGAAGGCCUUUGGAUGGGCCGCCAGAGAUUCAUCUGGUGUUCUCUCUCCCUUCAAUUUCUCAAGAAGGGAAACGGGAGAGAAAGACGUCACAUUCAAAGUUGCAUACUGUGGGAUAUGUCAUUCCGACCUUCACCUAAUCAAGAAUGAAUUGGAGUCCACUGAAUGGGCUGCUUCCACCUAUCCUCUUGUUCCUGGGCAUGAGAUUGUUGGUGUCGUGACAGAGGUAGGGAGCAAAGUAGAAAAAUUCAAAGUUGGAGACAAGGUUGGUGUUGGAUGCAUGGUAGGAUCUUGCCGUUCUUGUGACAGUUGUGCCAACAACCUUGAGAAUUACUGCCCCCAAAUGAUACUCACCUAUGGUUCCAAGUACCUUGACGGAACCACCACAUAUGGCGGUUACUCCGAUAUCAUGGUGGCUGACGAGCACUUCAUCGUUCGUGUUCCGGACAGCCUACCUCUUGAUGGAGCUGCUCCUCUCCUAUGUGCUGGGAUUACAACUUACAGCCCCCUGAGAUAUUUCGGACUUGACAAACCCGGUAUGCAUGUAGGUGUCGCUGGCCUUGGUGGUCUAGGCCAUGUGGCUGUGAAAUUUGCCAAGGCUAUGGGGCUUAAGGUUACUGUGAUCAGUACCUCCCCUGGAAAGGAGGAGGAAGCUAUUAAACAUCUUCAUGCUGACUCGUUUUUGGUCAGUCGUGAUGAAGAUCAGAUGCAGGCUGCCAUGGGCACGAUGGAUGGUAUUAUUGAUACAGUCUCUGCAAACCAUCCUCUCUUACCUUACAUUGAUUUGUUGAAGUCUCAUGGAAAGCUUGUUAUGGUUGGUGCACCGGAGAAGCGUCCCGAGCUUCCGGUUUUUCCUCUGCUGAUGGGAAGGAAGAUAGUAGCUGGUAGUUGCGUUGGUGGUAUGAAGGAGACACAAGAGAUGAUUGAUUUUGCGGCCAAGCACAACGUUACAGCUGACAUUGAAGUUAUCCCCAUUGAUUAUGUGAACACUGCAAUGGAGCGUCUUGCUAAAACAGACGUUAGAUAUCGCUUUGUCAUUGACAUUGGAAACACAUUGAAGCCUAGCUCUUAAGUUUUGCAUCCCUUAUUAUGGUUUCAUUUCUUUACACCAAAAGUACAGACCGGGGGCGGAUAUCGAAAUUUAAAUUAUUAUUUUUUGUAGUCGCGAUUGUUUGAGGUUUGCUAGCUAUAUGUUUUGGUUUUAUCACAUCAUCAGAUGAAUGUGACGGGAUGCACUUCGAAUAAAGAAUAAACAUGGAAUGAUUAAUUUUCUUAUUUCAGUAUUAAAUAUUCGUAUCAGGUUUUGGUUUGUCUUGCUAUGUACAAUCUUCGACUAUGAAUAGAAGGUGCAGUUUAAGCGAGGGCAUAAU